AUGUCCUCGCAGCACCAUGCGGCCGUCCACCUCGGAGGAAAGCCCGCGGUCGCCCUAUUCACAGUUGCUUUGGUCGCGUUCGUGGCAGAGACCCAGCUGACGCAGUAUGUCCAGACGUCUCUCGGCUUCCGACACCCCUACCUCAUAUUCUACAUCGUGCACUCUUCAUUCCUAUUGAUGUUCCCUCUGCAUGCACUAUACCUCUAUGCAACAUCCCAGCACACCUUCGAAGCGCUCCGUGACAGUAUUCUCGACGCUCUGCUGCAACACUUCUCUCCCAAGGCGGAAGGCAUCACACAGGGUCCUUCCAUCUUCCCCACAUGGAGAAUCACUCGCCUCGUCAUAUUCUUAACGAUAGGAAUGUCUGUACCCUCCCUGCUGUGGUUCGUGGCAGUCACCAUGGCUCCUGUGACAGACGUCACCGCCCUCUGGAACACCAACGCGUUCUUCGCAUAUAUCUUCACGAUCAGUUUCCUCAAGAUUCAAGUCGAUCCUCACCGGCUGCUGGGAGUGGUCAUCGCAACCGCUGGAGCCCUCGCGGUCAUCUACGGUGAAGCAGACAAGACGGACGCCGUCUCCGCACAGCAAGCGAGUACGACUGCUCUCAUAGGCGACCUCAUGACGCUCGCAGCGUCCGUCGGGUACGGUGCAUACCAAGUACUCUACAAGGUCUACGCCGUGCUGCCCAACGAUCCGGAGGUCCAGGCUGAGCGCCGCUACUCUCGCCUCGCUCCUUCUGCAGAGGAUGCGCUGAUGGACGACGAUGAGGCGGCCGUGAUGGAGGAAAGCAGAGCCCUCAAUGACGGCAUCAUCCGCCCUCUCCCAUUCGGCCUCUUCCCCAACCUGCUCACAUCCCUUAUUGGGCUGUGCACCUGCGUCCUGUUAUGGGUACCUGUGCCGCUGCUGGACGCUUGGGGUGUCGUUCCCUUCGAGCUGCCACACGGGGUUCGGACGUAUUUCACCAUACUGUGCAUCGCAAUCACGGGUUCCAUAUUCAACGCUAGCUUCAUGGUUCUGUUGGGUGUCUGGGGCCCCAUCGUGACAUCCGUGGGCAAUCUGCUCACCAUCGUGCUCGUCUUCGCCUCCGACGCCGUUUUCGGCAACGCCGUGGAGACCAUCACGGUCUGGAGCUUGCUGGGAUGUGGAUCCAUCGUCCUCGCGUUCGGGAUUCUGGCAUAUGAUAUGAUGAAGGGAAGAUAG